CUCUCCCCGUGGAAAUGGUCCACGGGAAUUAUUUGAAGUGGCAAACCAAACCAUAGGAAAUCUCACUGCUAACACCCAGAAAAUGGAGGAAACUUCUUAACCCUCGAGAAGCUACAUCAGCAAGUUAGCAAAUACUGGAUCAUGGCAGGAAGUGGCAGCCCCCAAUUCAUGUCAGUUUGCUCUGUGACAACCACUGCUUCUGGGGUAAUAUGUCUUUUGACCCUCUUCAUUCACGCUGUAACUAUCAUUUUCGCAAUAAUCAAGGAAGGGGAUCGCAAAUAUGGUUCCAAUUAUAAGUGGUCAAUGAUUUUUAUUUUCGUAGUACAAUCUGUCGGCGUCGUACUAGGUACAGUUGCACCAAUUUGUAGAUGUGUAGUAUAUAGGCAUGUUAAGCUCGUCUUUACAGUAGAGAAAUACUGGUAUCAAAAGUUACAAGACUGGAACAAUUCCACGAUUUCUUAUCAUGGUACAAUGUCUAGUAUUUCACUCCGAUUUUGUAGCCACCAACUCAAGAUUAAAAACCUGAUUCUCAGAUUCUGUAUACUACUUCAGAUUAUAGUUGUGGUACUAUGCAAGAUAACAGCGUUUGUUCUAGAUGUGGUGUGUGUGUCAAAGGGAACACGGACUGGGAACUUGGAAGAACGCAAAUAUGCUGUGCAACUUGAAAAUGAAGACGGGCUUGCUGAUAAAACACUUCAAGGUCUUCGAAAGUCUUUUGACCGAUUGAUUCUAAAGAGCGAAAAGAAGCAUCCUGAAAAUCUCAUGAAGCUAUUUACUGAAAAAUCUACAAAUGGUUAUCAAGGAGUUAGGAGGUAUGACAACAAAGUUUAUCAAGAUUGCUGGAGCUUACCGGUGGUAACGCUAACAACCAUUGCCGUUACUCUUCCUAACAUCAAAAAGGCAGAAGUUAAAAGCUUGUUGAAAAGUGUGAGGGAAGGUCUUAAAUAUGUCACACUUGUGGAAGAAAACUUCAAUGCUACUGAUGAAAAUGCGGCUGCAAGGCUGUCUGGCUGUGGGAAGACGUUGAUCUCCGCCACAAAUGGUUAGGAAUCAGGAUGAAAGAUAUUGCUUCUCAAGUGAAUACAACUACUUCUCAAGUAGAUACAAUACUGCAAGUUGUUAACUUGUUCUUGGAUGAAGCUAAAAUCAAGAUCAAGAAAGGGUUGGGAAGUCAAGAUGAUGAACGUGAAUUCAUGUCUGUUUGUAUGAACUCAAUGUCUGGUGCCGGUGACAAGGAUAGCAACGAGAGAUUAUUUGAUGAAUUAUCAUCAAUAAUCGCUGACGUAAUGGCUGCAUGUCUCACCAACCUACCCCAAGUCAUAGCAAAGAAAUGUCACACUAGUGUGAUAGAGGCAAGUGUUGAAGCUGCAGCCAUACUUCUAGGUGAGACUAAGGAGAUAAUCAAAACCCUUCUUGAAAGCCCCCUUCAUGACAAAUGGAAUGUUUAUUCACGUAUGAGUACAAACGACUUGCCGUCGAUUAACAAAUGGCGUGCUCAUCUAAAUGAACCCUGAAUCACAUCCGUUCUUCAAGUACUGAAUGUGAAGCUAAAAUGAUUCUCAUGGACCAACACCUUCACAUCUCAAAGUAAAUCUAUGAGAUCAAGAUCGAAUUCAUGUCCUCCUUUAUAAAGUACGUUGCAUUUGGUUUCUAGUUAAUUUGUAAACUAAUAAAACAUUGCGAAUUGGAAUCUCAACUCCAUUUUUGUUGUGUUUGGUUGUCAAAUGAAUUGGAAUCCAUCACCUCGUCACCCACAACCCCCGGUUCGGGCCAAAACAGUACGGGUCAAAACGGUUCGCAUCGAAUCGGUUCGAUUCGAAACGGUUCGGGUCGAAACGGUUCGCAUCGAAACGGUUCGAUUCGAAACGUUACGGGUCAAAACCGUUCGCGCCGAAACGGUACGGGUCGAAAUGGUUUCGCGUCAAAACGGUUCAAUUCGAACCGUUACUGGUCAAAACCAUUCGCGCGGAAACGGUACGGGUCGAAACGGUUCGCGUCAAAACGGUUCGAUUCGAAACGGUUGCGUCGAAAUGGUACGGGUCGGAACGGUUCGUGUUCGUGUCAAAACGGUUCGGAUCAAAACGGUACGGGUCUAAACCGUUCGGGUCGAAACGGUCGAAGAUUCCUAUUAAUUUACUUUAAUUCCUUCACAUAUGGGAAGGAUUUUGAAUUCCUUUAGCUAAAGAAAUUUAAAGGAAUUCAUGCCUAAUUCGAAUUUCAAUUCCAUUGUCAACCAAACACAUGAAGAUUGGAAUUGAGAUUCCAAUUCCAUCAAAUUCUGUGAACCAAACAUAUUAAGAGAUGGAAUUCAGAUUCCAAUUCCCUUAAAUUCCAUUAAAUUCCUGCGAACCAAACGCUCCCUAAGUGCAGGCGAAGUUCUUGGUUGUAAUAACCGGAACCCUUUCCUAGUUUACUUGUAAUAUAUGUGGAUGU